AUGGCUCUUUUGUGUGUUAGCAGGAAAAAGAUUGUCGUGAAGCGGGCAUGGGAGAGAUUCACACAUAAGCUCAGAUCCAAAUUCAGAGACAUCAAGUUUGCUACAUCGAUCAGAGAAUCGACUUCUCGUCUCCUCCGUGUCAUCAGUCACCGCCUCAUCGUUCCUUUCAGGACAAGGUAUCUUCAAAACACUAACCCUCGAAUCCAUUUCAACAACGGAUAUAGUCACAAUCGUAGCCACUUCCUCGGAUUAUUCUCUCAUCCUUUUGGCAAAAGAAAGUGUCGUAGAAGGCAUAGUGAGAGCAUUUACCGGCAAAUCUACCAAUACGAAAGCCAACGAUGGAGGCGUGGGGAACUCAAGAGUGAGGAAAAAGUUUUGGGGAGAAAAAAGGAAAAAGAAGAAGAGAAGGAGCCGCAUGAGAUUGUUGAUUCGGUGGAAGAUGCUUGGAGGAGAGUGGUGGCUGCAUCGCCGCACCUUAGGGUUGAUGAAAAAGCCGACAAUUUCAUAUAUAAGUUUAGAGAGGCGAUGAGACUGGAGAAGGAGAUAUCUUUACUUGAGUUUCAAGAAAGGUUAAUUCGAAGUACUUGAUCCUAUUUAUUCUUUUUUUUCUUCCCUACUUUGGUUUUUUCAAGGCUGCUUUAUUUCUUUUGUAGCGAUUUAUGGAUUUGCAUAAACUUUAUGUUUUCCGUGAAAGCCAUUGUCAUUUUAUUUAUGUUGAA